UAAUUUACUCUGUUUCUCUGAAAAUCAGAGUCGUUUUUGAAAACUACUCUAAGUGCCUUGAGUAAAAAAAUUGAUGUUUUUUUUUACUCUGAUUAUAUCAGAGUAACCAUUUGUACCCCUCUGAGGGUUAGUGUACAGGGGGUAUACCUAUAGAUUUCCCCUGUACCCUGUACCUGGCCUUGCCCCAAUAUCCCGCAAUACGCGAGGUCGACCGCACCGUCACGUACAUCAAGCAUCGCUACGUGGAGUAUGGCGAGACCUUCGGCGCGGGGCUGAGCAAGCGGCUCAGCAAGUUUCUGCAGAGCUAUGACGAGAAUGGAGGAAAGGUGGUGGUGCACGGCGCGGAUGACGACGGGCGCCCGGUUUCGCACAGUUUCAAGCUCGUGGAGAGCUCCCUGCCCGGUCACAAGUACGGUGGCACCAAGGCGGCCUGCAUCACGCUGUGCACCGCCUUUGCUGAAGACACCGUGCAGAACCUGAACCAGAGGAUGUGGGACCUGAAGCGGAUGGCCGGGUCGAAGCUGUACAAGGUGGACACAUGGCCGAAGAAGCAGGACGUGCGGGAACGAAGAGCGCGCACUUGGGUCAAGUCGAACCUGGAGCUGUUUGACAACAAGCUUCCUGGAGUGGAUGGUCGAGCAGCUGAGCUGGAGUUAAAGACUUUCUGUCACAUCAUGAAGACGCACCGUGCUGAUGACGACUUCGGCCAAGGCCUCGCCAACAUGCUGAAGACGAGGGACUGGGCCAAAAGCUAUCCGAAUCUCAUGAGGAUCUGGCAGGCGAUGGCGGUUCUGCCCUUGAGCACCGUCGAGUGCGAGCGCGGUUUCAGCAGGCAGAACGCCGUCAAGAGCUGGCUGAGGACGAGCCUGUGUGAUGCAAGACUCGGCGACCUGAUGACCAUUAGCCUCCUGGAGUACGACAUGGACUACCCUGAGAUCGUGGAGAUCUGGAGACGCCAGAAGAACCGCAGACAGGCAAAAGUGGUGGCUUAUGAGAGGAGCAGCGAUGCUGCCAAGGGCAAGGAGCAUGAUGAGUCAGAGGAGGAUAGUGGCUCUUGUGAGAGUGCCUCAGAGGGAGACGAGGAUGAGCAUGGUGACUAAUGUAUGUAUGUGUAUUUGAAAUGGAACGUACGU